AUUGGAGGCUUGCCGCGUCACGAUAAGGGCGGACAAGUGGUGUGGUCCACAACAGCCUGUGUCAGGGAAGCUGAGGGUGCCGCCUAAAAACGUGCCUAGUUAUUGGAUACGUGUUGUUGCUAGGGGCGUGGGGUUGUGCCGUGAAAUAUUCCACCUUUCCAAACCCUGUCAAGAAGUGAAAUUUUAGCAAGACAACAGACAGUGAGAUGCGCUAAGAGCUGCCUGUUCCAGCUUGGAGGAACUGUGCCGCAGUGAGCAUAAUCUGAUAAGCGCUUCUCGGCCGUGCGCCGCUCCAGGACAGCACUCACUAGAAAAAAAAAAAAAGUACAGGUGGAUAGUUAAAGGAACGAUGCAGAGAUGUGGAAGUCACACCUCUCGGAGUUGAUUCGAAUCAACUCCGAAAUACCAACUAUUUCUUUUCACUGACCAGAAAUUGAAUCGAGUGGUGAUUAGAGGAGAUGACAGCUGCGCACUCGGCAGUCCCGUGAUGGGUCUUUUGAUGGAUUAGUGCGCGGCACAGCCUAAACAUCCAGGCCUGUCCAUGGUUGUGAUUUGUGUGCAGAAAUCACAUUUGUUUUGCGGAGUGCGGUGGAACGGCGAUCUUGGGUAAAGUGGAGGAAACGGUGUUUAGGGUGAGCUCAUAGGUUAAAAUGGCAGUGACAUCAACCUCAACUUGAAUAACUGUGAUCCAGUCGACUGCAGCAAGGUGGAUUGGGGCGUAAAGGGAAGCAAAGAGUGAUGCACCUAUCGCACCAGCUAGACAUUUUAUGGGAAUGUUAGAUAUCCUAAAGAAAUUCAAGGUAUAAGGCCUAUCCUAUGCUGGCAAACUGCGUCACCGCAUGUGAGUGUGUUGCAGGUAGGCAGCACACUCUCCCACCACCGGGGGAGGACCGUGCCGAUCAUCUUCUCCAAACAAUGUCACCGGUAAGUGUUUAACAAUUUACCGGGAAUGGAUUCAGCGGAGGAUUCAUGCAAAGAUCCGCCACUUGGAUCCACUUUUUCCUCAGUACCCAAUUUAGACUCGGACAUAAACGCAAACGCCUGUAGGCCUGUGUAUGAGAACGGGGCAGACCAUAACGUCAACGUACAAAAUGCAGCCCUGCGAGGAGCGAGUGAUCCCAGCGCCUAUCCCUCCACCGAUUACGGGGGACUCAUCCGCCAAAGGUUCAUUCGCCGAAGUUUGUGGUUUUCCGACUCGGAGGAUCAGCAAGUGGACGCGCCGGAGUCUGUCAACAGCAGCCCGGUGCUCAGCAUCCACCUGCGAUCCAUCGUUGAUCGGACUCGUACCCGAAACCGUCUGGGCUUUCGGGACAGUUCAAGCACAGAGAGCCAAGUGGGGCUGAAGGACAGCGCUACGGAGAGCGCCAGCGCAGAUGAGGAGAAGGACAGGAGCGAGAGCGACCGCAACGGUGAUGCUGUGCCGGCCGAUGUCACCGGCAAGGCUGGGAGCGACGAGAACGAGGAGGAACCGGGGAUGAAGGCUGUGUCCACCUCGCCCGGGGGCCGCUUCCUCAAAUUUGACAUCGAGCUGGGCAGAGGGUCCUUCAAGACGGUCUACAAGGGUCUUGACACCGAUACCUGGGUGGAGGUAGCAUGGUGUGAACUCCAGGAAAGGAAACUGUCUAAAGUUGAGAGGCAGAGAUUCAAAGAAGAGGCGGAGAUGUUAAAGGCUCUCCAGCAUCCCAACAUUGUGCGUUUUUAUGACUUCUGGGAAUCACCGUUGAAAGGGAAGAAGUGUAUUGUUCUGGUGACAGAGCUAAUGACCUCAGGGACACUAAAAACGUAUCUGAAGCGCUUUAAGGUGAUGAAGCCUAAAGUCCUUAGGAGCUGGUGCAGACAGAUACUCAAAGGCCUUCACUUCCUCCACACAAGGACACCUCCAAUCAUCCACAGAGACCUUAAGUGUGACAACAUCUUCAUUACAGGCCCUACAGGCUCUGUGAAGAUAGGAGACCUGGGCCUCGCCACGCUAAAGAGGGCCUCCUUCGCCAAAAGUGUCAUUGGUACACCGGAGUUCAUGGCCCCGGAGAUGUAUGAGGAGCACUACGAUGAGGCUGUGGACGUCUACGCCUUUGGGAUGUGUAUGCUAGAGAUGGCUACCUCAGAAUAUCCCUAUUCUGAGUGCCAGAAUGCUGCUCAGAUCUACCGCAAAGUCACCAGUGGGGUGAAACCUGCCAGCUACGGUAAGGUUAGCGACCCAGAGAUUAAGGAGAUAAUCGGGGAGUGUAUCUGCCACAGGUGGGAGGAAAGGUACUCUAUCAAGGACCUCCUGAAUCAUGCCUUCUUUGCAGAGGACACAGGCGUGAGGGUGGAGCUGGCUGAAGAGGAUGAUGGGAAGAAAUCGUCCAUAGCUCUGAAGCUGUGGGUUGAGGAUCCUAAAAAGCUGAAGGGGAAAUACAAAGACUCUGGUGCCAUUGAAUUUACGUUUGACUUGGAGAAGGAGGACCCGGAGGUUGUGGCCCAAGAGAUGGUGGAAUCAGGCUUUUUCCUGGACAGCGAUGUAAAAAUAGUUGGGAAGUCGAUCCGGGACCGUGUGGCUCUCAUCAAAUGGAGGAGGGAGCGCACUGUCCCUUCUGGAGAUGGCAAAGCAGCUGUGAAGAAGCCCCAACAGAACCUGCUGCAGGUGCCCUGUGCAGGUGUCCCACAGGGAGCCACAUUAGCUCCAGCAGAUUACGAAGACCCAGAGGCCAACCAGCACACCCUGCUCUGCACAGUGCCAGCCACCACAUCUACCACAUCUGACAGUGGAGUGGGCUCUACAAUACAAUCAGAUGAUCAGAGUCAGCAGAAUGGAACCUAUCAGUCCCUUCCAGAGCCCAUUUCUACAGCUCAGAUCAUAUACAGUCCUCCUGCACAGCCUGACCCUCAGCUGCACCGGGGGUCCUACCAGCAACCCACAGCACAGCCCUCACAUGACAACUACUCACAAGCCUCCACGCAACUGCACCAGGGAGCCUACCAGCAAACCACCAGUCAGCUGCACCAGGGGGCCUAUCAGCAGCCUGCAGCACAACUGCACCAGGCGCCUUACCAGUCUCAUACACGCCACUACAGUGAACCCUUUCUAGGCCAGCAGAACCUGCUCAUCACUGAGGGUGCAGCGUGUCUUAGGCGUGGAAGUUCCUCCCUGGUUGAGAUGUUACGAUGUAGGACCCAGUCUCUCAUUCAGACAACAAAUCCACAUUCCUGCUUCUGUUCCAAGCAGGAUCUGGAUUCAUCAAAUAGCAUACAGGGUUCCAGGAAGUCAGUGCAUGCUACAGACAGACCACUCUCUAACUCUGCCCAGAAUGUUUCAUCAUCAUCUUGUCACUUGCCACAUUGUCACUGUUCCCAUCAUGACUCGGCGAGUCAUUCCAAUUCAGACUGCCAUCCCCUGCCAUUACAACCCCCCUCACAGCUGCAUCUGAGCGCCCUGCUCAGCCCUAAACCUCACCACCACUGCAAAACCUGUGGGUCUCUCCUCCUGAUGGACAGGAUGAAAGCAGGAGGCUCUUUGGGACGCACACGCACAACCUCUCUCUCCCCAUACAUACAGCUUUCUCCAGUGUCUAAAACAGGCUCAGCCCCAUUUUCUCAUCCUGCCAGGCUUCCUGUAUUCUCUUCAUCACUUCCUUUAGCUCCGCCCUCUCCUUUGGUGUCAGCCAGUCCAGCAACUGCGCCAUCCCUGAUGACAUCACAUCUUGCCACACUGUCUUUACAAGAUCUGCUCCAAAGGAGUUUGUAUGAGGGUAGAGACCUCAAUCUUCUUGACCAGUGUCUCCAUCAUAUCGUCAGCCGCAGGGCAAGCUCCCCCACCCUCCCUGAAAGAGGGGUAAACAAUCAGACACACAGCCAUGGGGAAGCUGCGGGUAUUACCCCCUCAGUAUUUGAGCACACUGGCAAGAAUCAGACCCUGGAUGCACCUCCCAUCUUUAGCCCAUGUCUGGAAAGGAACCUGCUAGCAUCAUCACAUGACGGCAAAGGCAGACCAGGUCCAAUGACAGUUUCUGCUCCAACAACACCAGGCCCUUCUGUGCACCAGAGUAGACAGACAGCACAGAGCUUCCCAGCUGCAGCACCCGCAGUCCAGUCACAGCUUGCUGCCCAGCCCACCCAGGAGCAGUGCCAUCUCCAACCAGCUGGUAUCCUGCCCCAGACAUUAUCUGCAGACCAGCCUGUACCUCACCUGAGUCCUUCUGACAUAUCUGCCAGUUUUCCACAGUCAGCCGCCACUGGUGCACCACUUCUGCAGCCCCUGCAGAUCAGCACACAGUUUCCCUCACCAUAUCCUGUCAUUCAAACAGGGGGCUAUGAGCCCCCUUCCUUCACCCAAGCUCCUCUGCCAUCUGCCUACAGCAGCAGUGGCCCUCCCAUGCCCAGCCCCUAUUACUCACCUGCACCCCACCGUCCAUCUCUGCCUCUGACACCUCAUACUCCCUUGCCUUCCAUGCCCAGUCUUGGCACCCCCCAGACCCCAGUGUCCUUACCCCAGCAGGUGUCCAAUGUGACACUCCCUAUUCCACUUCUUGCCAUGGCAAUGCCCCCCACAGUGCCCAAACAGCAGGGGGGUGCACCCACUUCACAGCCAAACUUUUGCAACCUCCAUUCCACCCUUCCCUUGCCUCUCUCCCAGGUACAACAUACCCCAUACCCUGUCCCUCACCCUGAGCAGGAACUGGCAGAGCAGCCUGUCCAGGUACAAGCGAUUGCUGCACAGGAGAGUUUGGGAGAUGUUCAGGUUUUGGCUCCUGCCCACCCCGUCUUGCCUGCAGGCCAGACUCCACUCUGGGGGAGCAGGUUGGAUGCAGAAACUACUGCCGCUGGCCUAGACAUAACAUUAUCGGCAGUCUCAGCUCCUACAAUUCCAGCCACACCCCAAGCCCCAGCUACAGCCUUAGCCUCGGUGUCAGUCUCAGCCACUGUCCAAGUUGAAAGUCAAGCGGCAGCACAAGCUCCAUCUUCAGUCCCUGCACAAAGCCAAGUCCCAGUCCCAGUGACAGCUCAAGCUACAACCCUGCCUCAAGCCUCAGCUACGACUUUGGCUCCAAUCCCAGCUUCAGUUCCAGUCCCAAGUCAAGUUUCAACAGCAGCCCCAGUUCAAGCUCAAACCAAGGUCCAAGCACCAGUUUCUGCACCAGGUCCCACUUUAGAACCAUCAGCAGUCUCAUCUGCAAGCUCAGGCUCAUCAGCCCCAGCUAAACCCCAAUCCUCAGUUCUAGGUUUAGUCUCGGCCCCAGUUUCAGUCACACUGCCAGCCCCAGUUCAAGCUGCUACUCCUGGCCUUGCUACAGCUCCUGUCGCAGCCUCAGUCCCAGCUCCAGUUCUGCAGCCUGCUGGCAUGCAGACAGCAGCCCCAGUGCCUGAGUGUACCAGCCUGGCCACGACUCAGCAAAACCUAGACACUGCAUCUGCAUCUAGCUCCCCUCAACCAGAGCACAGUGUAGAGGAGGCCCUUCAGGAGAAGCCAGUGUUAUUGCCCAAUUACGCCUAUGACAGUCUCAACUCUGAUGUGACAUCUGGUAAGGAAACAAGUGACGGCUAUGAGAGCUUGGCUAGUGGCGGGAAGGGCGAUGGAAAACCCAGGAAACACCACCGCAAGUCUGCCCGCACACGUUCACGUCAAGAAAGGACCAGUAAACCCAAACUGAGCAUGCUCAAUGUUUGCAACACCGGCGAUAAAAUGGUUGAAUGCCAGCUGGAGACCCACAACCAUAAAAUGGUGACAUUUAAGUUUGAUCUGGAUGGAGAUGCUCCAGAGGAAAUUGCCACUUACAUGGUAGACAAUGGCUUUAUCCUACCAUUGGAAAAGGAGAUCUUCAUUGACCAGUUGAAGGACAUUGUGGAUAAAGCUGAAGACAUGCUGAACGAGGACAUGGAGGGUGAGAGGGUCUCCACCCUGGGUACUAGUCCUCAGCAAGGCCUUACCUCUGAAGGGCUAGCAGGAGAGAGUCAGCAGCCUGGAGCUCCUCAGCCUGUCUACCAGCAGAAUGUUCUUCAUACAGGAAAACGGUGGUUUAUAAUCUGCCCUGUGGAGGAGACUCCUACAUCCAGCCAGGAGACCCCUUCUGAUGGGACAACUGCCCAGUCCCCUGGCAGUUCAGCCACUGCCCAGCCUGCUGAUGGUGGAACUGCAGGGGCAGCUGCAUCCAGAGAAGAGGGGUCUUCUUCCACAAUGUCUGGUGGAAGUGGAGGCUUCACCUAUGAAGUUUAUGGAUUCUGUAGUCCUCCAAUCAUGUCCAACACAGACCCGCUCCUCUUGGCCACUCUGUCUCCCCCUGUGUCUGCACCUCCGACCCUUCAGUCAUUGGAGCCGAGCAGCAGCUCAGUGCAGCAGGCCCAGCCAACCAGGGCUCAGACUGUGGCCCCAUCAGCUCCACACGCCUCUCUGCCUGCAGAUGAGUCACAGGGAUCACCUCUGGGCACGGUGUCCCCCGUCCAUGCUGCUCAGCAGAUGGCAGAGAUGGCAUGUGCCACCUCCAUGGCUGAGGAAGUGCCGUGCUGCCCUCUGGUCAUGCCGUUGUCUCUGGAUGUGAGCGGUGCCCAGGGAGGCUCUCCUCUCACUCCUCUGACCCUCCAGGAGCCAGGCUCAGCCAGAGAGCCCCUGUCUGUCUCCUACUCCUCUGCGACACGGAGCGACCGCCCACAGCAACCUGUAGUGCUCCACCAGCCAUUUGCUAGUGUGGGAGGGGCCAAGGUGUCCUCACUACCCCAGAGCCCGGCACCGACUCAGCAUCCAGCAGUGCCCAAUGAAUCAGAUGGUGAGGGACGGGUAGGCCGCGGGGGCUUUGUAGACAGCACCAUAAAAACUCUGGAUGAGAAAUUGAGGAACCUGCUCUACCAGGAAUAUGCUCCCAUGUAUCCGUCUGGCAGCACUGCAGAGACACCGGGCUCUGGCACUGAGUACAUCCAGUCUCCACCUGGUCCAGACAGCGCCACAGGGGGGUCGGGAAACAGCACCCCAGGGCCAAUGGGGGAGGGACGCUACAGGGCAGGAGAACAGCUGCCUCAAAUUCCAGAGAGAAUGGAUAGUUUGAGCACACUCAGUGACUCAGCUGUGUGUGCUUCCAUGUCAAGACGACAUGUUCCCCACUCUGCUUCCUGCUCUGGAACAAGAGGCCGAUUUAAGAUAAUUUCUGUUCCUCCUGAAGUGGCUAACAGACGAGAUGUGAAGCAAAGGAGCUGGAGCAGUGCUGCCUCACCAGCUCAUCCUGGAAGCCACAUUGGAGACCCUGGUCAGGCUGAGGCCAUGACCGCAUCCACUACAAUUGGGCGUUUCUCCGUGAUUAGCACUGAAGAUGACAUCACAUUGAGGACACGUUGCAGCCGCUACUCUGCACCACCUGACUUUUACCUAGACACGCCCCCGUCUCUGGCCAAACGGGGCUCCCUGCCACGAGCCCUGACCUCCAAUUCUGUCCCUGUGGACGUCACUGUCCACGCUCGCUUCCUCUCCUCGGACUCUGGGGCUGAGAGCAGCCCUGCAAAGCUGGCCCCUGCCACACCAUCCCAGCAUGCUCGCUCAGAGCGCAGGGGAAGUGAUCUGAUGAAGAGGGCAGUGGCUUUCCUUCGUCGUUCUGGCCGCAGCAGCAGCGUGCAGAGCUCUGACUCACCAAGCAGGCAUGGAGGCGUGCAUGGCUCGGCCUAUGCUAGCAGUGAUAAUGAUUCAGAGAUGGAGGACUCAGAUAUGAAGAGAGAACUACAGAGACUCAGGGAGAAGCAUCUGAGGGAGAUCUCUGAGCUGCAGGCCCAUCAGAGGGGAGAAGUGGAACUGUUGUAUCGCCGGCUUGGCAAAGUCCCUCCUCCUGGCCUGGGUCUGUCACACACAGCGCCACCUACAGGUCGUAGGAAGCGGUCCAGCAAGCACAAACUGAAGGCCGGCAAACUCCUCAGCCCUCUUGUUCAGCAGUUUAGAAACGUCACAACCAAAACUAGUGAUUCAAGCAAAGCCACAGCAGGUGAACCCACAGUCAGUUUGAAUGGAUCUCCAGCUAAAGGCCCGGCCCCCACACAUGGCAGGGCGCGCUCAGGCACCAGCCACCUCCCGAGCUCCACCUCAGAGCCUGUUCAGACCCAGCAGCCCUGCUCCCUCAAGGGCUCUUUGUCUUCUGAUAACAUUUACGCCGGGCUCCAUGGAGAUGUCAGCGGUACACAAGCUCCGAGUGGACAAGGCUGGCCUAAUUACCCUCAACCAUCUGAGAGAGUGACCUAUAAAUCGAGUAGCAAGCCACGAGCUAGAUUUCUCAGUGGGCCUGUGUCUUUGUCCAUCUGGUCAACGCUGAAGCGACUGUGUCUUGGCAAAGAGCGAGGCAGCAGGUCUGGAGCAGGAGCUUCCAAUCAGUCACAGCAGCCACCAACUACUGCCACGCCCCCUUCCCAUCAGCCAGUGAUGGGGCUGGCCCAAGCUCAGGCCAAUAACAGCAACAAUAAGACGGGCACCUACACUGGCACAUUUGUAGGUGUUAAUGAAAGCAAUCUGACUGAUGACCUCCAGUGGCUAAUGGAUGACUGGGCCCAGGAGGUUCUUAUUGUCACCCACAGGCCACGCACCAACUCCCUCAGUAUCAGCGGGCAGCAGCUAUGGAGUCAGGCUGCACCUCGAACACACGACGGACUGGCAGGUGCUGCGGAUGUACCGUCAUGGACAGCCCCAGGUCCUGAGGGUAGCAGCUUCAGGUCAACAGUGAUGACCAGCCCCUCUAUAGGGCACCAGCCUAGUUAUGAGCUACCUUCCUCUGCUCCAUUCAGCGGUUUGUCCUCACCUCUCUGUGUGACCCAGUGGCCUGGGCUGCCCUCUCCCCUCUCUUCAGGGGUCUUUGCCUUUCCUGCUGUGCCCUCAGCCCAGGAUGCUCCCACCCCCAUUCCAGCUCCAUCAUAUGAGCCCCCCGACCCUAAAGCUAGGACUCUCUAACCCGAGUAGCAUUGUGUCUUCCAACUCUGUUACCAAAAAUAAAUUUCAUUAUAGCUCUAGUCAAUCUACUGUGCAUAUAUUGUAUAUAUUAACCAGCAUGUAUGUAACCAUUUGUACAUAGCCUGCUGUAUUCUUGAGUUUGAGGAUUCAUUUGCGUCGGUAUACCUCAUGUCCAUACUGCAGUACAUAAUCUUUGUGUGCAGCAAAUUAUUGGUAGUAGUACAUGAAAAAAGAUAUAUAAUUAGCCCAUUCAGGCUUGAAAGUGCAGAUUUUUUUUCAGUUUAUUUUGUACAUUACCACUUGUUUAAUGUACAUAAUCACUGGUACAUUGUUCAUUCAUGGUGUUUGUAUACAAAUAGUUCAUGUUUGCAUUACUCAUAUCAUCCCAAUGUAUGUAAGCUGCCGUGUGUAUAUAAACUCCUAUUAGUCUGUACAUAGCUCCUGUGUGUUUCUACAGGUAACAUUAGAUAAUCCAUACUGUUAGCAGGUGCUGCAGAGAUGUGUCUUAAUGCAACACCUAAUCACUGUCAUGCCGUCACUGUGAAGCCUUGACAUCCCAGUCACUAGGACUGGUUGCUUGACUCUGCUCUCUGUCCAAGGAUAGGUCGCUUUUCUUCAUCAAUGAAAUGCUUCCAGCACAAACGCUUGAAAUAUCCUUAAGAGAUUUGAAUGAACUUGAACUUUAUCUUCAGGUGACAAAAAAAUUACCUGUGAGAGUGCCUUGAAUAGCGGUUACAGUUUUUUGAAGAAAAGCAUUUCGAAUCAAAACAGACAAAGGUAAAUGAUGUGAUUUGAAUGAUGAAUGUGGAUUUAAACUGUACAACUGAGACGUAUUUAAUUUAGCUAUUGAAAACAUAACUGAACAGUUUAAUCCGAUCCUGUUGCAGUUCGUAAAAAAUAUCACUUACUGUAACAAUUGUCCAAAAUUGAGUUAUGUAAUAUCUUUACUGUGAAUUGUUCCUUGGUCACUGAAGUUAUCUAUUGAUAGUUACAUGGUUUUGCUCUACCACCUGCACCACAGCCUGCAUGAAUACACUGGUAUUCUGAAUGUGCACAGGUUGAUAUGGUGAGAUGUAGGGUGAUAUUCUUAUAAAAUUGGCAUUGAUAUCAUACAACAAGGAGGGCUGACAGACUCACCAUAUGAGUCUUCUCAAAAUCAUUAUCAUCUCAUACCUCUUCUGAUGCACCCUGUAGCUUUACAUAUUGUUGCCUUUGUGGUUUCUAUGAGAUUACAGUUUGCUUGGUUUUGUUGGUAAAAGGUGACAUCACAUGAAUGUUAGAGGCAUAUAUAGAAUGUGAUUUAUUGAAAAGCCACAACAGUUCAGUCAAAAUGUUGACACACUGUUUGUACAGUACAUUUGUUAUGUUAUGGAAUCAAGGAUAUUAGAUGCUGACCUCACAUGAUCAUCUGGCUCGCAAAGCUAACUAUAUGCAGUAUGACUGACUUUAUUCAGAGGUUUGCAGCAAAGAUUGUGCUACCAGGGGGUUCUUAUUUGAAUAGAGUGACCUCUAAAAAGAGACUUGCAUUAGUUAUUUCCACCAGUGAUUUAACAUGCUAAUACUAUUUUGUAGAGAGUGUUGUGUGCUACAGGGUUUUGUUUUGUUUUUCUUAUAAAACUUCUUCAACUCCUUUUGGAGGACAGGCAGGUGUAUUCAUCAAUGCUUUGAUAUAUUCUAAAAAAAAAAAAAAAAAAAAAAAGUGGCAAAAUGCAUCCAUUCAUUUGAGAAGUAUUAUGGUAUAAUGAGGCAGACAUUUCUUAAAAGCUGACAGAGCCACACAGACAAACUGGUCAACGCAGUUCAUUUUCACUGCAGAUUAAACUCAAAGAAAAGCAAACUGUGUUUGUUUGGACCUCUGUACGGUUCCAGUGCAAGACAUUGUGCUGUGAUCUGAGAUGGCCAAGCUGCAAGCUCUUGAACUUCAACCUUUUGCUUGUUACAAUUUGAACCCUCUCCCAUUUGCACAGUGUGCAGCUGGGUUUGUUUAAAUUAACGUUUUGUUGUCAGGAAGGCAGAAUAUCUUCCAUGAAAUAGGGAUUUUUGUUUCUCUGGAACAUGUCUUCUAUGCAGCUAUUUUCAUGUGCUUUACACAGUAAAUCUUACCUUCGGUCUCUUUAAUGCUUGUAAUGAAAGCUACGUGUAUGAUUGCUUUUGCCUGCUGUAUCGCCUGUUUUCCCUGCACUUUCCUGACCUGGUCAGAAGUACUCUUUCACAAAAGCUGUACAUACUUGAAGACAGAAAUAAUAAAUUCAUUUUUGCUCGAGACCA